AUGCUUGGAGUGUUCACAUUCGGUAUUCCAAUGUUAGAAGUGAUGACACUCGGAAUUCAAAUGUUUGUAGUAAUUACAUUCGGAAUUCCAAUGUUUGGAAUGAUGACAUUCGUUAUUCCAAUGUUAGGAGUAAUGACAUUCGGAAUUCCAAUGUUUGGAAUGAUGACAUUUGAUAUUCCAAUGUUUGCAGUGAUGACAUUCGGUAUUCAAAUGUUCGGAGUGAUGGCAGUCGGUAUUCAAAUGUUCGGAGUGAUUACAUUCGGUAUUCAAAUGUUCGGAGUGACGGUAUUCAGUAUUCAAAUGUUCGGAGUGAUUACAUUCGGUAUUCAAAUGUUCGGAGUGAUGGCAUUCGGUAUUCAAAUGUUCGGAGUGAUGGCAUUCAGUAUUCAAAUGUUCGGAGUGAUUACAUUCGGUAUUCAAAUGUUCGGAGUGAUGGCAGUCGGUAUUCAAAUGGUAGGAGUGAUGACAUUCGGUAUUCAAAUGUUCGGAGUGAUGGCAUUCAGUAUUCAAAUGUUCGGAGUGAUUACAUUCGGUAUUCAAAUGUUCGGAGUGAUGGCAUUCGGUAUUCAAAUGGUCGGAGUGAUGGCAGUCGGUAUUCAAAUGUUAAGAGUGACGACAGUCAGAAUCAAAUGUUCGGAGUGAUGGCAUUCGGUAUUCAAAUGUUCAGAGUGAUUAAAUGCGGUAUUCCAAUGUUAGGAGUGAUAACAUUCGGAAUUCCAAUGUUUGGAAUGAUGACAUUCGAUAUUCCAAUGUUUGCAGUGAUGACAUUCGGUAUUCAAAUGUUCGGAGUGAUGACAUUCGGUAUUCAAAUGUUCGGAGUGAUGACAUUCGGUAUUCAAAUGUUCGGAGUGAUGGCAUUCGGUAUUCAAAUGUUAGGAGUGAUGACAUUCGGUAUUCAAAUGGUCGGAGUGAUGGCAGUCGGUAUUCAAAUGUUCGGAGUGAUGGCAUUCGGUGUUCAAAUGUUAGGAGUGAUUACAUUCGGUAUUCAAAUGUUCGGAGUGACGCCAUUCAGUAUUCAAAUGUUCGGAGUGAUUACAUUCGGUAUUCAAAUGUUCGGAGUGAUGGCAUUCGGUAUUCAAAUGUUAGGAGUGAUGACAUUCGGUAUUCAAAUGGUCGGAGUGAUGGCAGUCGGUAUUCAAAUGUUAAGAGUGAUGACAGUCAGAAUCAAAUGUUCGGAGUGA